AUGCCUUUGAAACAGUACUUGAAGAGUUCAAAAUGGAUGUCAGUGGCUUUGCUGCUGUCUGAAGAAUACACUGAAGAAUACUCUGUGAAAAUUUUACUUGGUCGCCUUCCCCUUUUUGAAGAUGUUUUUCUAAUCUCAGCUUGUCGACCUGGGUUCUAUAAAGCUUCUGCUGGCAAUGUGAAGUGUGCCAAAUGCCCACCUCACAGCUCCACCUAUGAAGAUGCAUCUCUGAACUGCAGGUGUGAAAAGAAUUACUUUCGCUCUGAGAAAGACCCUCCAUCCAUGGCUUGCACCAGACCACCAUCUGCUCCAAGAAACGUUAUUUCUAAUAUCAAUGAGACAUCUGUUAUCCUGGACUGGAGCUGGCCUCUUGACACAGGAGGUCGAAAGGAUGUCACUUUCAACAUCAUUUGCAAAAAAUGUGGAGGAAGCAGCAAGAUAUGCGAGCCUUGUAGUGACAACGUACGAUUCUUACCCCGUCAGACUGGCCUCACCAACACCACGGUGACAGUAGUGGACCUUUUGGCACAUACCAAUUACACUUUUGAGAUUGAUGCAGUCAAUGGGGUAUCUGACUUGAGUACACUUUCCAGACAAUUUGCUGCUGUCAGCAUCACGACUAAUCAGGCUGCACCAUCCCCCAUCACAGUGAUAAGGAAAGACCGGACAUCCAGGAACAGCGUGUCUCUGUCUUGGCAGGAACCUGAGCACCCAAAUGGAAUCAUCUUGGACUACGAGGUCAAAUACUAUGAAAAGGAACAAGAGACAAGCUAUACUAUUCUGAGAGCCAAAAGCACUAAUGUUACUAUCAGCGGCCUCAAACCUGAUACCACCUACGUCUUCCAAAUUCGAGCCCGAACUGCAGCUGGAUAUGGGACAAGCAGCCGCAAGUUUGAAUUUGAAACCAGUCCAGAUUCAUUCUCCAUUUCCAGUGAAAAUAGCCAGGUCGUUAUGAUUGCCAUUUCAGCUGCGGUUGCCAUCAUUCUCCUCACGGUUGUUGUGUACGUCUUGAUUGGGAGAUUCUGUGGAUACAAGAAGUCUAAACAUGGUACUGAUGAGAAAAGACUACAUUUUGGGAAUGGCCAUUUAAAACUCCCAGGCCUGAGAACUUAUGUAGAUCCACAUACAUACGAAGAUCCUAAUCAAGCUGUACAUGAAUUUGCCAAGGAACUAGAUGCUUCCAAUAUAUCAAUUGAUAAAGUUGUUGGAGCAGUAUAUGUAGAUCCGUCAGCAAAAGGUGCCUACAUAAAAAGAAUGAUUGUUGAACUGAGACCUUAA